AUGGACUCAAUUGCGACGAAAUUCCGCGAGAUCUUCCGACGGGGGUUGUGCGAGUAUGCGGUGGAGAAAGGACGGUUGCCGGCUGGGACGGACGUGGAGGGGACGUCGGUGGAGGUAGUGCAGGCUGCGUUAGAGGGGGAGGAGUACUUGGGGAAAGGUGCGGUGGAUGCACCGUUGUAUAUUUCGUGUGUUGUUGUUGAUGCCCUAGAACAAGCGAACGAGGACCGGUUGUGGAUUCGGCAGAAGGGGUACGAGAUUUACCAGAACCUGAAGAGAGACCACUCCGUGCGCCACCGUGUCCGUAUUAUUUCUGGGGACUUGUCGGUGGCGGCAUUGGUCUCGAUGGAUGCCAAGGAACUUGCCCCCGAAAGCGUGAAACGGCGUCGUCGUGAAGAAGAACAAAAGUACCUCAAGGAACAAGUUAUUCUCACCGACGCCUCCCCCGGUACCCUCAAGAAAACACACCGCGGACUCGAGGCUAUGCACGAGACACCCCUAGACACUCCUCAAGGCAGCCUUAGCCCCCGCCUCGAGGCGGUCCAAGACACCAAAGCAUACACUGAAACAAACACCACCUUCGGGAACGCCUCCUUUUCUGUGAAACUGCACUGGGACACUCGCCAACUCGGAGACUGCCCCGGUGCCACAGAACUGUUAGAUAACUGGAACAACUCCGCCUGGACAGAACUACACUCCUUCGCCGACCUCAAGCUCCCUCACCUGCCACCAAACCCCUACCCUUGCACGCGGGAACAGGUCACGACUCGCCUACAACGACGCUACCUCUGGAUCAAACAACGACACCCGGAACUUCCGCAACUCUACGACGAAACAGCCAACAUACUUGCUUCCCAAGCCACGUAG